ACCAUUUCAAACUUAGACCUUUCAUUUUGAAAGGAUCUUUUACUUCUUCCAUAUAAAUAUGCACAUCACAAACACAACUUCUAAUAUAGUUGAGAAACAAUAUAUAUAUACAUAUAUACAUAUAGCCUUUCACUUCCAAGUCCCUCAAAGCCAGUCUUAGAAGAGAAAUAAGAUAAGUAGAAAAAAAUAUGGCAAGAAAGAGAAAGGCAGGAGAGCAAGGACUAGUGGAAGACAAGAAUUGUAGCAAUGAAGGAAACAUUGGUAAUUGGAAUGAGAUGGUGAAGGAGGCUGCCGCAGCUGCCGCGCUAGGAGGAGCAAGGAGAGCUCGAAAGCGAUUCGUUGGAGUCAGACAAAGGCCAUCAGGCAGGUGGGUGGCCGAGAUCAAGGACACCAUACAGAAGAUAAGAGUUUGGCUUGGGACAUUUGAUACAGCAGAGGAAGCAGCCAGAGCAUAUGAUGAAGCAGCAUGCUUGCUUAGAGGUGCCAAUACCAGGACAAAUUUCUGGCCUUGCUCUCCUUCUUCCUCUUCCUCUCCUGCUCUUCCUUCCAAGAUUACCAAUCUUCUCCUCCAGAGGCUCAAAGCAAGGAACAACUCUGCUGCUGCUAAUGUUGCUGCUGCUUCUUCUUCUUCUUCUUCUUUUUCUUCUUUGGCAAGCAACCAUCAACAAAAGCAACAUUCAGAGGAAGAAGAAGAUGCUGAUUUUACCCAAUUCACUGAUUUCCUUAAUGAUCCUGAAGAUUAUACCCCCAGCAACAAUAACACCAUGAAUAUUAGCCAAACCACCAUUGACUACAUGACAUCGAGCUUCGAAUCCUGUCUGAAUGGAAAGGAGGAAGGAGUGCAUAUGGAUUCUGGUCCAAGUGACGGUGGACAGAGUUCAAGUGGGGAAGGAAUUAAUUCUGGAGCUGAAGAAGAUGGAGAAGAAGAAGAAGAAGAAGGAAAUGGAGAUGUGGGUUUGUUGGAUUUCCAAUUUGUGGAUGAUGUUGGAUCAUCUUGCUACUAUUCCCCUUUUGAGAUUGCUGAAGAGAUAGUUGAACCAGUGGAGCCUGCAGACAGCUAUUAUGGAGAUGAGCCUUCUAUGCUUAGAGAAGCAAUGAAGAGGAUGAAAUAUGAGAGGAAGUUCUCAGCUUCUCUAUAUGCUUUCAAUGGAAUUCCAGAAUGCUUGAAGUUAAAGCUAGAAGGAGGAAGGAAUGUGAAGGGAAGAGGAAGAAGGUCUGAACAAUUAACUAGUCUGCAAAAAGCAUGUUGUAAGAAGAAUGAAAAGGAGAUGGCAAAACAGGAAUGUGUGCAAGUGAUGGGAAAGAAAGAAGAGGAAAAACCAGAAUGUUCAAACGAAAUGGGAUCUUCUUCUUCUUCUUCUUCUUCUUCCUCCUCCUCAAAUUUGAGCAAUGAUGGUGAACUUUUGCUAUGGAGCUCGCUUGAUCUUCCGCCCAUAUGCUCUGUUAACUAAUAUUUAACAUUUCCUUCUCUACUAUAGAAGGGGCUCACUAUAGAUAUUAUAAAUGCAAAAGCUGAUUUUCUGAUAAGUUAUGAGCAAAUUAAUAUGAAAUUUAAUGCAAGCAUUCUGUAAUAAAGCUUUUCUUCUAUUUCUUUUCAUUUA